GGGCGCUCGGGGUGCACUGGCAGCUGCCGCCGGGGGUAUGGUAUGCAGGUAUGACGGAGAGCCGCAGUAACCCAUGUGCCCGGCUGGUGCUCAGCGCCCUGCACUCGGCUGCCCGGGAGCCCAUCCACCUCCUGCCCUUCCACAUCCAGAGGCAAGGGGCCGCCAAAGUCAAUGAGUUCUUUGUACCUGCUGUAAGGGAGUCCCUGGGAGGAAAAGAAGUUUCCUUCAGAGGUAGAACACUUAGAGGACAGGAAGUCUCUGUUCCUGACGGAUAUAUGGGGGUCGUUUUGAGGGAAGAUAAUAAACCCUGCUCUGAGGAAGAGGAUCGUACUCUGACUGUCAGAUCCACUUUUCAAUCAUUUACACAGUGGAACCUGGAGACCAUACCAUCCGCAGAUGAUGUUUUGGUAAUGUCACUGGCAUGGCCGAAAAUAGCAUCUAUGGUUCAUGCGCCGGUUGACUAGAAUUUGACACUUCUGAUUGUUACUUGGACCAGUUAGGUUUUUACAGUAUAUUUUUGGUAUUGUCUGUAUCACAUAUUUGCUAUAAAACUUCUCCAUAUCACAUUGCUUAUAUACUACAUGAUAGAUUAUAUGUGUACAGUAGUUCUGCUUCUCUUUCCAAUACAAUUUUAAUAAACUGAAAUAAGAUGUAAUAAUAGAA